CCCGCCAUGAGCAGCUCCCAGUUCAACAAGGGCCCGUCCUACGGCCUCUCCGCCGAGGUCAAGAACCGGCUCGCCCAGAAGUACGACCCGCAGAAGGAGGCCGAGCUGCGGACGUGGAUCGAGAGCGUCACGGGGCAGCAGAUCGGGCCCGAUUUCCAGAAGGGGCUGAAGGACGGGGUGAUCCUCUGCGAGCUCAUGAACAAGCUGCAGCCCAACUCGGUGAGGAAGAUCAACCGCUCGGCUCAGAACUGGCACCAGCUCGAGAACCUCUCCAACUUCAUCAAGGCCAUGGCCAGCUACGGCAUGAACCCCGUGGAUCUCUUCGAAGCCAACGACCUCUUUGAGAGCGGGAACCUGACGCAGGUGCAGGUGUCGCUGCUGGCGCUGGCGGGCAUGGCCAAGACGAAGGGGAUGCAGAGCGGCGUGGACAUCGGCGUGAAGUACUCAGAGAAGCAGCAGAGGAACUUCGACGAGGCCAAGAUGAAAGCUGGGCAGUGCGUGAUCGGGCUGCAGAUGGGCACGAACAAGUGUGCCAGCCAGUCCGGCAUGACGGCCUACGGCACCAGGAGGCACCUCUACGACCCCAAGAACCAGAUCCUGCCACCCAUGGACCACUCCACCAUCAGCCUCCAGAUGGGCACCAACAAGUGUGCCAGCCAGGUGGGCAUGACAGCUCCCGGUACCAGGAGACACAUCUACGACGCCAAGACGGGGACGGAGAAGUGCGACAACUCCUCCAUGUCACUGCAGAUGGGCUCCAACCAGGGCGCCAACCAGAGCGGCCAGGUCUUCGGCCUCGGCCGCCAGAUCUACGACCCCAAGUACUGCCCGCAGGGCAGCCAGGGCGAGGUGGCCAACGCCGCCUGCGACCAGAGCGGGGACCCCCCUGGGUACCACUACUACCGCGAGGAGGAGGAGAGCUACUGAGCGGGACGUCGCCCAGCCCCGUCUCACACCAUCUCAUGUACAGACCCCACUGCCAGCGACAUUCCAGCCUCUACUUUCGUCAUUCCCUCUUUUUAAACUUUUUUUUUCUUUUUAAAUUUUGAAAUGAGUCUAUUUUUCUGAGCAAGGAAAUAAAGACCCCGUUUCUAGAGAAGAGACCGGCCGGUUCCCGCAGCCCGUGGGCAUCCCGAGGCCCCAGCGCAGCCCCAGCGUUUGCAGCGGGAAGGCGGCGGAUGCUCCAGCGCCGAGGAGCGGACGGUGUCUCCUCUCACGCAGCCAAGGAGACAUGUUCCCACCCGGUGCCCACCGCGCCGCCCCUGCGAUGCUCUGCCGCUGCAGCGCCCGGAUCCCUCGGCAAGGAGCGGGGGGGGCAGCCACCCACACUGCCCCCGGUGCCGCUUCUCGUCGCUGUGCUGGCAGGACUCGGCUCAGCCCCGCAGAGGAGAGGGGCUCGGGUCGGCGGGAUGCAGUGGGAGCACAGCCGGGAGAGACCCCCAGGCGUGGGGGGGAGCCCGGGGUGCUGUGGGGCCUCGGCCCGGGAACGGGGGAUUUUGUGUGUGCGUGUGUGUGCGUGCGCGCGCCGCCAGCAGCCUUGCACUCUCGUGUGAUCUCUGGAAGCGAAGCUGGAAAUGCCUUUUCUGCAGAACUCGUAGGGACCAAGUUUCUGAGGCCCCAGUUGCGGUCACAGGGCUGGGCUGGGAGCCGGCACACCCGGCACACCCGGCACCCGGCUGCGGCUCCGAAAGCCGCAGUAAUCGGAUCGCCUGGCAGGCUGGGGCCAAGGCUGACUCCGACGGCCGCAUCCUGCGCCGCGGGGCGAUGCCCGAGUGCGGGCAGCUGUCAGGGCAGCGCGCGGGGCUGGGGACACCGGUGCACGGCACAGCCCCUUGCUGUGCCCCUCGGCUUCUUCGCCUCCUGUGGGGUUUUUAAUGCAGAUGCUCUUAUAGCGAAAACUUUUUUAAAAAAAAAAAACUUUUUAACCUGAGCAGGAGCCAGUUUCUGGUGCAGGCUCCUUGCAUCAGUGCUCAGGCUGGGUGCCCCCAUGCCUGGUGGGGGGUGGGAGCUGCCGCAAGGCUGGGAGAGACCCCAGAGCACCGGGGCCGUGGGGCGGGAGGCUGCG